CGUGCGUUGGUCAUGCACAGAUACGUACCUAAUGCUCAUUCAUCGCCUCUCUCUCAAGAGUCCCAGUCAGUCAGUCACUCAGCUGCUGUCUGAUUCCUCGGCAGCUUGCUUUCUCGAAAUCACGUCGGCCACAUCGAGCAGGUGCUCCUCAGUGAGAGUUCUCAGCACCUGCUCCCCUUUCGCGGCCAUCAUGGUCUCGAUGUCCGACUCCUCGUCGGUAAACCACGCCAGGUGGUCCGCCACCAAAUGCAAACUUUGACAGCCGUCGCAGCGGACAACCACAAUGCCUGACGUGCACCAAAAUGACAGAGCGCGAUAUAUCUCGUCACGUGCGCAGGUGACGGACCCACCUUCAUGAUAGGCCUUCUUGGCGAAUCGUUUGGCAGACCUCGUGUCGCAUUUCUGCACACGCACCAGAGUACCAGGCAUACAAGAGAGAGAGCUUACGUUUGCUUCAUCUUACGUAGUACUGUACUUACCUUGCAUGUGAACACAAUCACAUAGGCUGAAGCAUCUCCGGCAGCGGUCCCUGGAACGUCAGGAAGUGAUUGCACACUCGAAGAUGCCUCACUCGCAUCGGGCGCCGGCGCAGGAGAAGGCGCUGAUCCGCCUGACUUGUCCACAAGCAGAUGGCGAGAUGUAGACAACAGCCGAUGAUUGAUCACUGCUGCUGGCCUUCUGAUCUGUACGGCAAGGCUCCUCAAUGGCCUCACAGCCCUCAUUUUAUCCGCG